AUGCUCUGCAUUAAGUAUAGUGGUAUCCAGCGUAUAUUUGAAAAACCAACAUUUGUAUACAAGCUGUACGAAUAUCAUGACAUUCACUUUGGUAGUCGCUUCUUAAUGUUAGUCUGUACGGAAUACUUAGGACUAUCUCUUUAUAUUAAUGAUAAUGCAUUUGGUAAUGGACUUUUCAUCUUAACUGGUAUACAUUUUAGCCAUGUUAUUGUUGGAGCUAUCCUUGUAUUCUUCACUCAAAGUAUCUAUAGUUCUUUAGUUACUUACAUGCCUACAAGCUCUAUAAUGCUAAGCAAAUCUAAAGCACCUCCAUGUCGGCUCAUUACUCCCUUGUUAUUGAACAAGAUUCAGUUAGGAACGCUAGUUCACCGUCAGAUGUAA